AUGACUUCAGAGUCCAACUCAUCUGAAAAUAAAACAACCACAACUGGCGAGGGGGAUAAUGCAUUCUUAGAACGAAAUAUUCCUCGAGAUAAAGCCACAGAUUCAGUUACCAAGCCAAGGAAAAUUUCAAAAUCGAAAUCCAAAUCUAAAUUGACACCAGCACCAUCCAAUGACUCUCCUCGAUCAGUAGCAUCGAGUAUGGCUGCGUCAAGAUCCCAACAGGAGAAACAGAAGAGGCGAAAACACAAGAAUUCAAAGCUAGGAUGCCCCAAUUGUAAACAACGACGCGUCAAAUGUUCAGAGGACCUACCCUCAUGUGCUAAUUGUAUUAAACAUAAAGUUGAAUGUGGAUACUUGAGCUAUACUAAGGAGGAGAUCGAAGAGCUUAAACAAGCGAAGCUUGAGCGACAGCAAGUAAUGAGUGAACAGAAAUUGGAUUCAAAGUCGGAAUCUGAUGAGACUGAUCACCAAAUGGGAAUAGACUCAAAUAAUGCAUCUCCUUUGACCGACUCUGGUAAAAAUCACGGGACAAGAGAAAACAAGAAGAAGAAAGCUUCAAGCAGCCCCAAAAAGAUUAUAAAGCCUAAAUCUAAGCGCACGACUUCGAAAACUACACAGGUUCUGGUGCAAAGACAUGGUAAAUCAUUUGAUAACCGUUCAACAACAAACAGCGCAUCCAACACAUCUUUGACGGAAAGCUAUGGUAAUCAAUUUCAAUCUCAAGACAAUGUAAACCACAACCCUAGCGAAGGAAUGGUUAUUCAAAACUUUGAUAACUUGUUGGGCCACGAUUCUGGAGCCGAAAAUUCAAUAAUUUUUCCAAUUUAUCGAAUGCAUCAAAACCAUACCGAGCAUCUCAGUAAUAAUCUCAACUUUCCCUCGGAACAUAGCACAGCAAUACCGCCAAAUCUACCGAAUACACCAACGUCAAUACUACCGCCAAAUGCUCUACCUGGAGCUAUUAUCAGACCUACACUGAUUUUAAUUAGUCGCCAUAGAAAACAUAUUAAUUACGCAAAAGAAAAUAAUGAAUUGUUUAAGAAAACAAAUCUGGGAAUUAUUCAGGGUGAUAUGACUCUUGAGCCUAUAAGGCAUGUUUAUUGGUCAUGGUUAAAAUCAUUUGUUUAUCUAGGCACUUCCCACCCUUUGAGGUUUUACUGUUUACUCAAUAUUUGUGCUAAUUACCUAAUUUCCAAUAGUUUUGAAGAUUCAUACAAAAUGUACAGUGUUGGACGGGCAAGGUCGCCAAUUGAACGUGGCAAAGAGUUGGCUCACAUGCGUCAAACGUGUCUCGUAAAGACAAUACACUACUACGACCAAGUCAUUAAACGAUUACGAUCAAUGUUGGCCUCAAGUGGUCCGGAUCCUGAUGCCACUUGUACUGUCUCUUAUAUGUUGAGUCUAACGUCAAUUUACGAUCCUGAACGAUCCUUAUACUCAACUAAUUGUUAUCGAGAGGGUUUAUUUGAUAUGUUGGAGUAUUACAAUAACUUAAAUGUACCGAUAGAGAAACCAUCGAUUGUGCAAAUAGAGUUGAAAUUGAUGACAAAUAUCAUGAUGACGGGGAAUUUGCCAGCUUAUGAUUCUAUGUUUUUAACUGAAGCUCGUCAGAUGUUCAUUGCAUUUGGGGAGAUUUUAUUUUCCUUGUGCGAGCAAGGCACACUUUCAUUGGAGUCCGACCAUCCAUGGGUUCGGACUAGUCAAUUCCUACAACUAAAGUAUCACCAACUUUUGCAAUUCUUAAAUGAAACUAUCGAUGUUUACAUCCCACAAAUCAAUGAUAAAAUUACAGAUUUAGAGGUACAACAAGACUUGCUAUACCAGAUGUUAACCAAAUGGGUAAUUAUAUUUCCUAGCCAACUACUUUUUCCAACAUCAAGUCAAGGCCCACUUGAAAAAACCAUGUAUUUGUUUUACAAAUUUGUGAAAAAGGCUUUAUUCGCCAUUUUCCCCCACGUGAAGUUCUUUUUCUUGCGUAAUUUUGAUGGUCCUAUAUUGUUGGAUGUAUACGCUAGUGAUGACUAUACCAUUUACCAAGAGCUAUCGCAACCGCCAGCAUUGAAGAAUGAUUCUUCUCAUUAUGAACCCCACGUAGACCAAUUGAAGCUUAUUGCAGCAUUUUUGAUUCGUGGGUCAACAUAUUUCCGUAAACGGUUUGCCAUAUUGUACCCCAUACUAAUGCGAUUUAUUGCCAUGCAUGAUUUCCAAGGCAGUGAUAUAAACAAGUGGCGAAAGACAAUUCAAAACAUUGCAGAAUUGAGAGAACAAUUUUGUGAAAAGAUGCAAGUCACGGAAGUGAAUAUGAAGUCAUUUAUUAAUGGGUAUGUCCAAAAGUGCAAUUAUCCAUUACCAGGGAGUGAAAUAAGGGCUGGAAUAGAGGGCAAUAGUCUUACGAAUGACUCGGCUGUUGAUUUUACAACCUUGCUCCCUCUGGGAUUAUUGGUUGGUGAUUAUGAUCCUGCUUUCGGGUGA